AUUAGAGAAAUAAUAAGUAGACAACAAGAGGGUUUUCAUAUUUCAAGAAUCUCUUUCUUUCUCCCCAAAUAAUAUUAUCUUCGAUCGAAUUAACCCUGUCAAAAGCUCCGAUCAACCCUUUCAACGUUUUUUGGCUCAAAUUUGUAACUUAAUUCGAGCUCUGGUGUUCGUUGAUGAUAAAAAGGAUUUGCUUGCAAUUCAUCAUUCAAGAACAUGGCACAACGUAACAUCCUUUAUACGGGUCCAAUACUCGAAACGGAACACGGCCCGAUCCAUCCAGAACCAUGUGUAGUACCUUACGGUGGUAUACCGAGUUUCCCGCAACCAACUAAUAAUCACACAAUAUUACCACCCUCUGGAAACCGAACAAGUUUCAAUCCCCAACACAUGCCAGAAACUCACGGACCUUUGCCACAUGGCAUCACUCAAUUCAACGGUCUCGAUCAUCUUCAUCAUCCCGCUAACAACGUAUUCAUGACACCUGCCGGUGCCCGCGUUUUCCCGGUUCACGCGAUGCAAGAUCAAUCACCGUUUUUCAACAUUCGUGGAACCUUGGAAAACUGUCAGUUUGUCGAUGGAUUUAAACGAAAGAACGCUGAAGGAUUCCCGAACAACGUUCAGUAUUUUUGUCCGACAGUGGGAUCGAGUUCUUCGGCUAUGAACACCGAAGGAACAAUGAUGGACGGUCCGUCGUUGGUCAUGGAACCACCGGUCCAUAGAAGUGGGAGAAAUAGAGGGGUUGACCCGGUUUUAACUCAUAGUAGCGGCCAUUUGAUCCCGGGUAAUUACGGUGCUCAUCCUCUUCAGGCGGUUCCUAACCCGUGGAUGGAUCAACCGUUUUGCGGUAAUGGUAAUGAUGGCGGUGCUUUUUCGUGGAAUCACGGUCCCGGUCUACCCUAUCUCCAAGGACCUAUCAAUGGGGGUGGUAUGGAGGCUGCGAAUGUAGGAUUACAUGGAUAUCAAGUCACACCGAGCAACCGAAAUCCGACACCUUUCGUGCACCCGACAGCCAUCACGCCACAUCACAAUCUCCACUGCCCGCCGCCAAUGCAAGGCCCUAAUAUAGACUUCCAUUCUCAACUUGUGUCAGCUUCUCGCAGGCUUCCAACAAACGCAACUAUAAAUCCUUUCCGGUUUGUGGGUCCCGCACAUCCAAAUGGAGUUGGGGUUGUUCGGCCUCACCGACGGGAGCUCAUGGUUGAGGCAAAUGCUAGACAUCGGGUCUUUCCCCAUUUAAGAGUUCUCCCUGAAGAUGGCGUUGCGAUUCUCGAUAUCUCUGGUUAUCAUGAAGUAGGAAACUCGGUCGAUCAGCAUAGAGACAUGCGUUUGGAUAUAGAUCACAUGUCUUACGAGGAGCUUGUUGCACUUGGAGAACAGAUCGGUAGUGCUGGCUCGGGUCUGUCAGAUGAAUUCAUUCUAGAACAUCUAAAAACUCGAGUACUUGCUAUGUCGAUAUCUUCUGCUGAUCAAGAACUUAACUCUUGCGUGAUUUGUCAGACUAAUUAUGAUGACCAAGAACAAAUCGGGGUCCUAGAUUGCGGGCACGAAUACCAUGUCGAGUGUGUGAAAAAGUGGUUGGCUGUGAAGAACACAUGCCCGGUUUGCAAAUCAACAGCGCUUGCGGCAAAAGCGAAGGAGUCGUAAAAGCCGAAGAAACGGGAAGAGAAACAAGAAGUGGGCUUGAAACAGUUCGGCCGGUCUUGUUUGUUUUCUGAUAUAAAUAUACAAGUAAAAGAGGUGGUGGUGUUGUUCUCCUCUCUCUUUUAUAAAUUAUGGUAAAUAUGGAAACUUGGUUUUGUUUCUUUCUGAGACGUGACGGUUAACAAACUGUUGAAAAAGAACCGUAAUCGUAAUCUCGGAUGAACCUUUUUGUACAGACUUUUGGUGGAUGACCUGUCUGGCGUAAUAUGUACUUAUGAAUGUUAAUAUCAGGUUGAACAUUCAUUGAAUC